UUUCUCUCUGGUCCUUCUCUAUCACCUCAACACUGUUUCAUACUUGCAGGACAUAAAAACAAUGUAAAAUAUUCCAAGGACAACCUGGUGUACGAGGAGAUAAAGCUGAGGUUUCCAGGCCAAUACAAACAAUAGCUAUUCUCUUCCUGCCCCGUUGUGAGCUUCCAUUGGAUAACCAGACCUCUACCAGAGUGUCAUUAUCAGUUGUACCAGUACAGCCUCCUCCUCUGCCAACUGAAGAACACCUAGUUCUUCCUUCAUUUACUGAACAUAGUCAAAUUCAUUUAUUGCCACAAAACCACAAGUUGGUGUUAUUUGCUCUGAUAGUUGCAUAGAGGCCAGACUGACCACCAUCUUUCCAAAAAUGUAUUUUGCGCACUUUGUGAUGAUGCUGGUGCUCUUUGGUUGUUCUCUGGGGAAAUCUUUUGUCCUCCAGUCCUCGGAGAAGGAGCCCGCUGCAGCUACUGGCUCUGCCGUCCUCCAACCCGACAGGUGCCAUGGAGAGCUGUUGAAUGACAUCAAAAAGACUCUUAUCGGAGCCCUCAACCUGCAGCAGGAGCCCCAGGUGACGGCAGACAGACUGACUGCCAUCAGACAGCAAUGGAAGACCGCAUUCUCUGCCAUCUCUCACAAGAACAAGGACAAAGCAGUGGCUUUACCCCAGGCUGAGGCUCCUGUAGCAGACAACAGUAGUGGUCUGAAAUGCUGUCCGCUGGCCUCACAGAUCUUCCUGAAAGAUCUUGGCUGGGAGAACUGGGUAGUCUACCCUGAGAGUUUCACCUACGUCCAGUGCUCACCCUGCAACUCUCAACUGGACCUGAGCCCCUCGCGUUGCCCAUCACACACUCCUCCCGCACAGGACACCCCCUCACAGAUGCCGUGCUGCCAGACCACUUCUACAGAGCAUGUGCCCUUCCUCUACAUGGAUGAGUUCAGCACCCUCACCAUCUCCUCUGUUCAGCUCACCCGCGCCUGCGGCCCUGGCAACCCCCAGCUGCCAGCUGAGGACUGAUCAUUGACCAACCCCCACCCCAUCCCGGGGAGCCCCCACCCCAUCCCAGGGAGCCCCCACCCCAUUCCAGGGAGCCCACCCAAUGCCAUCCCAGGGAGUCCCCCUACCCCUUCCCCAUAUCUAUUCUGCUCAUGAAAUACCUAUAGAGUGGACAUGGUUGCAACAUUGCAACAUUCCAGUAAUUAUCCCCAAAUUCCCAGGUUUUUCCAGAAUUUCCAUUUGGAAGAUUCCCAGAAUCAAGAAGGAAUAGGCAGGAAAUACAUAAUCCUCCAAUCAGGAGUUUUGGAAAAAUCUGUGAAUCUUGGGAAAAUUACAGGAACCUUGCAACCUUAAACGUGAAGGUUUUGUCUUACAGCUUUGUUUUGGCACAUAGCCUACAUUCCUAAAUAGAUUAUGGCUAUUUCCUAGUUAUUUUCUAGUUAAUUUGACGAAACUUUUGAAUAUUGAAAUGUGUUCAUCCUGAGGAGCAUAAAGAUAAUGGAUCAUUGUGGCUUCAUAAAAUCUCUAGACAAGCUCCAAUAUCAAUCCCUGCUCUCCUCUCUUUUCCCAGAAGGGGGAUUAUUGUAAGCAGUAGCUACAUAAAAAUAAAUAUAAUUACCUAGAGAAUCCUGCACAUGCUCAGAAGCUUCGAGACAUAAAAAUAAAAAGGUCUGAGUAAAAUCAGAUCUGCAGCCACUCCGUUCUGAAAAACAAAAAACUGACAGCUUUUAGUUCUGGUUGAAUAAACGUUGGCAGUCUUGCUUUGAUGACAUUUCAUAUGUGCUUUGAUGCUAUUUUUGACGACGAUAUUUCACAACCCUGAAGCGCUAGACUGGCAAGGGAUUAAAGCAAUGCUACUCCAUGUUCCCCACAAAAAUGUGAACACAGGCUUCCCAUGCCAAAAAAAAAACCUCUCGGUGGGAAAGCCGACCCAGCACUAGGCAAUAACAGCAUAGCUCUCAUCUAAACAGGCUUCUCCCCGGGCCUCUAACAUGCAUGGAAAUAGUUCUCUACAAAAGUAUACAAUUUCCAAAAAAUAAAUUCUGGGUUAUGUAAAAUAAAGAUUCUGAUCUCCCCAAACAAAAAUCUUGUUCUUAUAUGUGCUGUGAUCUUCUACUCCAUUGGGAAUUGCCCUCUUGGAAAGCUCCAUAGCUCAUGUUUGGACAAGUAGAAACCUUUGGCAUAGAGAUAAAUAAUAGUGCUGCGGUUUUCACCAAACAAAGCCGAUCAUUUUCAGUUAAGACAUUUGUUCGGUUGCCCAUAUGGAGUCCAAAAAGUAUUUAAGUUUUCUACAUUUGCGACUUUAAUUGUUAUCCCCCAAUGCUUCCCAUGUGCACCUUUUCGACAAUAUUGUUGUCUAUCAGUCCUAAACUAGGUCCACAGUGUUUUCUGGGUUUGGCAGUUGGAUAAAUAUAUACUCUUUUUAUAUUUUCUUUGAGAUACACUAAAUAAAUGCAUUCCUUUUACUUUUACCUCACAUUGCCACCUUUUCACAAUGUAUUUUCCACCCUAAUAUUUAUCACCACGAUAUGGAAUGUACCUGAGGUUGUCACAGCUUCACUAACAAGUUUUGGUUAAAAAAAAAGAAUGUUGUGACAUGUGUUAUUGCCAUUGAUCAAACGGUUUGAGAAUUUGUAUCAAUUAUGUCUAUUAUCUGAUUAAAUUCUUUAAUAAAUGCUACUACAAGAA